CUAAUAGAAAAGGAUGGCAAAGCAUUUCAUCCAACUUACGAAGAAAAACUGAAGCUUGUGGCACUGCACAAACAGAUCCUUAUGGGUCCGUAUAAUCCAGACACCUGUCCCGAGGUCGGGUUCUUUGAUGUGUUGGGGAAUGACAGGAGGAAAGAAUGGGCAGCUCUCGGAAACACGCGUAAAGAGGAUGCCAUGGUAGAGUUUGUUAAACUCCUAAAUAGAUGUUGCCAUCUCUUUUCAACAUAUGUUGCAUCCCACAAAAUAGAGAAAGAAGAACAAGAAAAAAAAAGGAAGGAGGAGGAAGAGAGAAGACGGCGUGAAGAGGAGGAAAGAGAGCGUCUACAAAAGGAGGAAGAGAGACGGCGGAGAGAAGAGGAGCAGAGGCUGCGGCAGGAGGAGGAAGAGAGGCGGCGCGUGGAAGAGGAAAGGCUUAGGCUGGAGCAGCAGAAGCAGCAGAUAAUGGCAGCCUUAAACGCGCAGACCGCCGCGCAGUUCCAGCAGUACGCGGCGCAGCAGUACCCGGGCAACUGCGAGCAGCAGCACAUUCUCGUCCGCCAGCUGCAGGAGCAGCACUAUCAGCAGUACAUGCAGCAGCUGUACCAAGUCCAGCUGGCACAGCAACAGGCGGCGCUGCAGAAGCAACAAGAGGCGGCCGCGACUGGGCCGUCGUCGUCCGCGACAUCCAAAGUGAGUGCGUCUGCGCCGAGCGACGUGCUGUCCGUUAAUGGACAGGCCAAGACCCACACGGACAGCUCUGAGAAAGAGCUCGAGCCAGAGGCUGCAGAAGAAGUCCGUGAGAAUGGGCCAAAAGAAUCUCUUCCAGUAGUAGCAGCACCAUCCAUGUGGACACGGCCCCAGAUCAAAGACUUUAAAGAGAAGAUUCGCCAGGAUGCAGACUCCGUGAUUACAGUAGGCCGCGGGGAGGUCGUCACUGUUCGAGUACCCACCCACGAGGAGGGAUCUUACCUCUUUUGGGAAUUUGCUACAGACAAUUAUGACAUUGGGUUUGGGGUAUAUUUUGAAUGGACAGACUCUCCGAACACUGCUGUCAGCGUGCACGUCAGUGAGUCCAGCGACGACGACGAGGAAGAGGAAGAAAACAUCAGUGAAGAUAAAGCCAAAAAGAAUGCCAGCAAGCCUCUGCUGGAUGAGAUUGUGCCUGUGUACCGACGGGACUGUCACGAGGAAGUGUAUGCUGGCAGCCACCAGUACCCAGGACGAGGCGUCUAUCUGCUUAAGUUUGAUAACUCCUACUCUUUGUGGAGGUCAAAAUCAGUCUACUACAGAGUCUAUUAUACUAGAUAAAGAUGUUACAGAGUCCGGAGUCUAGGGUUGGGCAGAAGAUGGCGUUUAAUUUGGAAGUACCUUUUGACUUUAUGGAGCGUUGCCGUCCAUGUUUACCAGUUGAUUUUGGUCUGAUGGUUUGUGAACUCUUGGUGGGAGUCAGAAUUUCCUUAAGACUCUUCAGCAUUAAUAACUUCGGGGUCGAUGGGAUUCCUCAGAUUCAUCCAGUCUUUGGGUGCUGACUGGCAGAGUUACUAGUGGAUGCUGAAGUCAUAUGAGCUUUGUUAAAUUUUUAAAGUCUCCAAAAUAAAACAUCCCAACUUUGGCCCCAUGUGGCUGAUGGUCA